UGUAGCUGGAGAAGAUAGAAUCAGCUGGCGAGAUUGAACGGGAUGCUCUAGACUCCAAUGGAAGAAUUUCCUGAGAUGAUCUCUGCUGACUGAACUCCUCCUCCACUUCCCCGGGAGCUUUACGUCCUUCCCGUCCUGCUCAGAUUUCAUCCACAAACGGAGAAGCAGACUUUCACUGACGUUUUCUCUAUCUACAGCUUGUUCCUGUCAAAAUUAUAUAGCAACAAAGAAAAAACUAACAGUAUGGAGAAGGUGUGAAGGAAAGAGGUAAUUGGAAAGAAAAAAUUGGGGGAACAAAACUGGAUUAAAAAAGAUGAGGUCAGGAAAAGAAGUAGCUGGACAUGAAAAAAGAGAAAAGGAAAAAAAAUCCCAUUGAGGUCUCCACUGGUUUCUAAUAAUGGCUGCAGAUGUUUAUAAGAAGAAAGAUGUGCCCAAUGGAUCCUUAGCACCGUCUGAUGGACAGCAGUCCGAGAGGUCAGAGAGUCCAACCCCAGGACUGACCCAGGGAACAGAACCAGGGGCAGGCCAAGAGGGAGCCAUAUUUGUUCACACUAGGUCGUAUGAGGACCUAACCGGUACAGACAAUACAGAAUCAGCACCCAAGAGCCCAGAUGAGAGGGAAGAGUCUCAAAGUGAUGAGCUGAAGAUAGAAGAGAUCAGUAAGGAUUUCAGUGAACUAAGCACACAACUUACUGGUAUAGCCCUGGACCUAGAAGAAGAGAUAAGGCAGAACAGUGAAGACAAUUUGGAACUCUCACCACAAGGUUCACGUCGAGAUUCAGUCCUAUCAGGGAAAGAAGAAGAAGAUAUAACCAUGGAGGCCUGGCGCAUGCAUCAGAAACAUAUCUUUGUUCUAAGUGAGGCAGGCAAGCCCAUAUACUCACGAUAUGGGUGUGAAGAGGCUUUGUCUACUACCAUGGGAGUAAUGAUGGCUUUGGUCUCCUUUGUAGAAGCAGAGAAGAAUGCCAUCAGAUCAAUUCAUGCAGAUGGUUACAAGGUGGUCUUUCUGCGCAAGAGUCCCCUGGUGUUUGUUGCAGUGGCUCAGACUCGUCAGUCAGAGCAAGAAAUUGCUCAAGAACUCCUUUAUAUCUAUUACCAGAUAGUCAGUCUCUUGACAUUGACUCAGCUUAACCGGAUAUUCCAACAGAAGCAGAACUAUGAUCUAAGGAGACUGUUAGCAGGCUCUGAGCGUAUAACUGACAACUUGGUAGACCUGAUGGCUAGAGACCCCAGUUUUCUCAUGGGGGCGGCACGUUGCCUGCCUAUGGCUGCUGGAGUCAGGGAUGUGGUGAGUGCUUGCCUUCAACAAGCCAAAGCGAAAAGCCUGGUAUUUGCCAUCUUAUUGUCAAAAAACCAAUUGGUAUCACUUGUGAGGAAAAGGGACCAAUUCCUUCAUCCAAUUGAUCUCCACUUACUCUUUAAUCUCAUUAGCUCAUCCUCCUCAUUUAGAGAAGGAGAAGGUUGGACUCCAAUAUGCCUUCCCAAGUUCAAUUCCAAUGGUUUCUUCCACGCUCACAUUUCUUAUUUGGAACCAAACGUUGACCUGUGCCUUGUCCUGAUUUCUACUGAUCGUGAGGACUUCUUUACUGUAUCUCACUGCAAGCAAAAAUUCCAAGAACACCUAAAGAAGCGUGGUGUUCAUCGUGCUCUCUUGGAAGCAGUGCGGACUCCUUUCUACAGUGUCUCCCAGGUGGGAAUUCCAGACCUUCGACAUUUCAUCUACAAAUCUAAGAGUUCAGGACUUUUUACCAGCCCAGAGAUCGAAGCUCCUUACAUCACUGAGGAAGAAAAGGAAAGGCUCCUGGAAUUGUAUCAGUACUUGCAUAGCCGAGCUCACAAUUCUGCCCGUCCUCUCAAUAACAUCUAUUAUACUGGAUCCAAUGAAAAUCUCCUGGCCUGGGUGACCAGUGCUUUUGAACUCUACGUAUGCUUCAGCCCCAUGGGGACCAAAGCAGCAGCUAUCAGUGGUGUCAACAAGCUGAUGAAGUGGAUCCGUAAGGAGGAGGACCGGCUUUUUAUAUUGACGCCCCAGACUUACUGACUGUUGUGACCUGGGCUGCCUGCCUUGUUCUGAACACUUCAAAACUUCUUCCUGUGUGUCUGGUGGGAGUAGACAGUCAGUUUCUUGUCUCCCCUCCCUCCCUCCCUCCCUCCCUCUCUCUCAGAUUUCCUCCCCUCAAUGGAUAUGGGGAAGGAGUAGCUCUUUGAGUAGAAGAGCUUUUGGCUGAUAUGGUGCACACGGGUAUCAGAAGAGUCCAACAUUUCAGGGUUAGUUUCAGAUAUUGCAUCUAGAACUGGAACCUAGACCGCCUGCCAUCCUGCAAGUUCUAUUUCAAUCUGUUUCAGCCUAGCAAUAUGUCCUUUCUACCAUUUUCUGCAUAUUUUUUGAGGCUGUGUUAAACACAGCUAUUUCUCCACAGCCGAUUUUCUCUGCUGACUUUAGGAACAUAGCGGCAGAAAUAUUAAGUUAUCCCAUCUCCCUUAAUCUUAACUAAUUGGGGGAAGGUAGGUUGAUGGCUUAACAGGUUCCUUGUCAUAGGAUUUCCAUAUAAAGGGCUGAACAAAUGCACAGAAGGUGAGGCAAAUGUGUAGAUAGUGAGGGAAAAAACAUUUUUAUGUCCCUUUUAUAGGAAGAUUAAAAAAAAACCAAGGAGGUUUUUUUCUUUUUAUGACUCCAAAACAUGUUUUGCUUUUUGAGACCAACAAAUUUUAAUAAGUUCAUAGAUUGUCUUCAGAUUGCUAGUAAAGGAGUGAAAUGUACUAGCAAAGACAAUAUAUAAGUAUUCUCAGUUGGAGGCAGUCAAAUCCUCCAAUAAGUGGCAUGAAUCUGGUAGUUGGGAAAAUAUUUUAUAAAUUAUUUCCAUUCCUUACAAUGAAUUUCUCCCUAGAACCCAUUUAUCUAAUGCUUAUUUUUAACUGGACCAAAUUCGUGAUUUUCAAGGUCUCGGUGAAACCAUGUCCAUGCUGUUAUAGGCUGUGGAGUCUCUUUAUUUAACAAGGAAACAAAAAUUCAGGGAAGAAAGAUCUGAAUCAUUGUUAAUAUGUGAAUUUUCAAGCCUUACAAUAAUUUGGGCAAAAGAGCUAGAUUCCACACUAGAGGUUCGAGAAACCCUGCAACUUUCAGGUGUGUGGACUUCAUUUCCCAGGAUUUCCUAACCAGAUUAUAGUUGCUGAUAUUGAGAAAUACUAGUUAAACCUCCACAGUAAUGCUUAAAUAGGUUAUUUCAAUUCAUGCCUAUGCAUCCGCUCCAGGAAUAAGAGAUGCCAUUGUGAAAGUGGGCACCCUAUGGUGGAAAUCUCUUUACACCCAUUCUUUAAUUAUAGGAAUUUUGAACACAAUGAACGUCUGAUCCCACAGAAAGCUAAUUUGGCAUAUGGGAUCUUUUUGAAAUGAUACUGAAAUGGUACAACCUCAGAAAUAAGUUUGCCAAUGAUUUCGUCAUUUUUCAGAACACUCCAAAAUAGUAUACUGUCUACUUUUCAGAAUAGAACUUUUCAACAUUAAUAUGUAUUGUGGUAUGUACGUGAGUGGAGGGGGAAAGGGUCUUUGAAUGUUGGAAAAAAUUUCUGACAGUAAGAGCAGUAUGACAAUGGAACCAGUAACUGAGAAAGAUGUUAUGUUCUCCUUCCCUGGAUGUAACUUCACGGGGGAAUUUAGAAAGCUGUCUGGUGAGACUACUUUAUUUGGAUUACAUAUCG